AUGACAACAGCAGACGGAAACGUAUCCGAAAGAUCCAAGAAGAAUGGUGGCCAAAUUGAGUUGAAUCCUCUGUUUCCAAGUGGUGACAUUGACAGAAUUCCCAUUCCUUCUUCCAGCUACAAGGACAAUCCUGAAGAGGAAGGUGAAGCUGCUGUCAAUCAUGACGAACCUUGGAAUGACGAAGAAGAAGCUAUAGAAACAGUGACUAGAAGUGCCCCCAAAGUGACCUGCUGUUGGCCCUUGGCAAUUGCUUGCCUGACGGUUCCUUUUCUCCUGGCGGGUGCCUUGAUACUGCUGAGCCAUGCUCCAAUUUAUCCCUACGACUUUGUGCUGCCAAAUUUGACGAGUGAUUGGACACCACAGGGUGGAUGGCGGUACAUGGAAUACAAAUGGGGCAACAGUCCGUAUCGAAUUCCCAAGAGUAUUCAAGAUCAAUCCGAUGCUUUGGCUCGUGAACGCCGCAAACAUGUGAAGGCAGCCAUGGAAUUUGCCUGGAACCAGGGGUAUGUCCGGCACGCCUUUGGCAUGGACGAAGUCAAACCCGUCUCAAAAGUGGGAGACAACAUCUGGCAGGGAAUCGCCACCACCAUGGUCGACUCCCUUGAUACCCUGUGGCUUCUCAACAUGACAACCGAAUUUUGGCAAGCCAGGGACUUUGUCCUGCAAAAUUUGACCUAUGCCAACAAGGAUGUUUCGGUCAUUUGCUUUGAAACCACCAUUCGAUCACUUGGGGGGUUGCUAUCGGCAUAUAGUUGGUCCGAAGAUCGUGUCUUUUUGAAUCGAGCCUUGGAUAUUGCCCGCCGCAUUCAUCGCUCCUUUGACCAGUCUCCAACGGGCAUUCCUUUUGGGAGGGUCAAUCUCAUGACAGGGGCCGCAUACAAUGAUCAUCGGGAAGACUUUACACCAUUGUCAUGGGUGGGGACACUGCAAUUGGAAUUUCGUUGGUUGGAUGCUUUUCUACACAACAAUGAGACUGCCACAAUGAGAAGGUCUGUGGAACAUGUGAUAGAUACUUUGCAUGAACUCAAUCCGCCGAAUGGACUGUAUCCCACCCUGGUUCGCAAUAUCAAUGUCACCACUGCUGAAUUCGCCAAUCAACACUUGACAUUCGGGGCCAAUGGUGAUAGCUUUUACGAAUACCUACUCAAGGCGUGGAUUCAGGGUGGUAAGCGAGAAACCAUCUACCGUGACAUGUACGACAAAGCCAUUCAGGGUCUUCAUGAUCAACUUGUACGUCAGUCAACUCCCUCUGGUUUGACAUAUUUGAUAGAUAUUGUUGAUGGAGAAAGCAUCCAUAAACUGCAUCACUUGACCUGUUUCAUGGGUGGUUUGUUGGCCUUAGGAGCCUACCAUGAUCCACUGGGGACGGAUUCCCACAGGGCGAAACGAGACAUGAAGACUGGAAAAGCGCUGACCUAUACUUGUUAUCAAAUGUAUGCGCAGCAGAAUACAGGACUCUCUCCAGAGGAAGUCCAGUUCCUUCCAGGAAAAGAUUUUCGUCUCGAAGGGGACGUGGAUAUCCAUCCCGAGGGAGAUCAAUCUGCGUAUGGCACGCGGCCUGAUGCCGACACGACAUCGUCUCAAAACAUUCUGCGUCCUGAAGUAGUCGAAAGCUUCUACACCUUGCAUGCUAUCACGAAAGACCCUAUCUACCGGGAAUGGGGAUGGGAAAUCUUUCAAGCCAUCGAAACAUACUGUAAAACAGAGAUUGCCUAUGGAGAAUUCCCCAAUGUUGCCAAUACAAGUGCAAUGCCCCUAGACAAGAUGGAGUCCUUUGUUUUGGCCGAGACAGUCAAGUAUCUUUAUCUGCUCUUUGAUCCCGACAGUCCCGUGGAUAUUCUGAACACACACGUCUUCAAUACCGAAGCUCAUCCUUUGCCAGUGUUUGACAAACUGAAAGCAAUCUAA